AUGUCUUCGAUUCCCGUUCCCACCGAUUUCAACGCGGUUCUCUACAAGCCCCUGGCUGAGACCGAUCCGGAGAUCCAGCAGAUCAUCGAUAACGAGACCUACCGUCAGUUCCGUGGUCUCGAGCUGAUCGCCUCGGAGAACCUCACCUCGCUGGCCACCAUGCAGGCCAACGGUUCGAUCCUCACCAACAAGUACUCCGAGGGUCUGCCCGGCGCCCGCUACUACGGUGGUAACGAAUACAUCGACCAGCUUGAGUCUCUCACCCAGAAGCGUGCCCUCGAGGCCUUCGACCUCGACCCCAAGGUCUGGGGCGUGAACGUCCAGCCCUACUCGGGCUCGACCGCCAACUUUGCCGCGUUCACCGCGCUGAUCCAGCCUCAGGACCGCAUCAUGGGUCUCGGUCUCCCUGACGGUGGCCACCUGACCCACGGUUACUACACCGCCAAGAAGAAGAUCACCGCCUCGUCGAUCUACUUCCAGUCGUUCCCCUACCAGGUUGACCGGGAGACUGGCCGCAUCGACUACGAGCGCCUGAAGACCAACGCCAACCUCUUCAAGCCCCGUCUGCUGGUCUGCGGUGGCUCGGCCUACCCUCGUGACUGGGACUACAAGUUCCUUGCGGACGUCGCCAAGUCCCAGGGCGCUUACCUCCUCUCCGACAUUGCCCACAUCUCGGGUCUCGUCGCCGCCAAGGAGCAGAGCAACCCCUUCGAGUACUGUGACGUGGUCACCACCACCACCCACAAGACCCUCCGUGGUCCCCGUGCCGGUCUGAUCUUCUUCCGCAAGGACCGCGAGGCCGACCUCGAGGCGCGCGUCAACGCCGCCGUCUUCCCUGCCUGCCAGGGUGGUCCCCACAACAACACCAUCGCCGCUGUGGCCGUCGCGCUGAAGCAGGUCGCUGACCCCGCCUUCAAGCAGUACGCCAAGCAGGUGCGUGCCAACACCCAGGCCCUUGCCAAGAAGCUGUUCGAAUACGGCUACCGCCUCCAGACCGACGGCUCGGAGAACCACCUGGUCCUCUGGGACCUCCGCCCCGCCGGCCUCACCGGCUCCAAGGUCGAGAAGCUCUGUGACCUUGUGCACAUCACCCUCAACAAGAACGCCGUUGCCGGUGACACUUCGGCCGUCGUGCCGGGUGGUGUCCGCAUUGGCUCCAACGCCCUUACCUCGCGCAGCAUGACCGAGAAGGACAUGGAGACCGUUGCCGAGUUCCUGCACCGCGUCGUGCAGAUCGCCGGUGUGCUCCAGGAGGAGGCCGGCUCGAAGCUGCUCAAGGACUUCAUCGCCAAGGCCACCGAGGGCGAAGGCGAGGGCCGCAAGCAGCUCCAGAAGCUCGCUGAGGAAGUCCAGGCCUUCGCCACCAAGUUCCCCCUCCCCGGUGUUCCCGACACCAGCGUGAUCAAGGCCCCCGCUGGUGAGAACUAA